AUGUUCAAGAUGCAAGCGUUGGCCCGUCGCGUGACCCCUCGCCUCGUCCAUGGCGCCCAGCGCCGCCACGGCGGCUCGCUCAACAAGAACAAGCACAUCGAAGUAUGGAACGGCGUGCGUGAGAACUGCGACCGCGAGUUCGUCUUCAACGGCGCCAACAUGGGCAAGUUUGUGUUUGGCACGCUCGGCCCGUUCACGCUCCUCUACUUCCUCAUCAAGGACGAACAGAUUGCGCGCGACGAGCUUGAAGGCAAGCCCCACAACCCGCACCGGUACUUGUAA